GUAGCCCAUACCUACUGCGCAUGCGUAAUGAGGCACACUGUACAGUACAGCUUGUACACACAGAGAAAGAGUAUAAACUUGACAAAGCUUUUAGUACAACAACUACCUAGUACCUGUACGGUUCCUGCUCACUCGUGGACGUUGGAAUAAUUGCACUAGGUACGUGUACUGGUUUGCUACUGCCCCGGGCCGUCUGGUGCUAGGCAAUCAAGAUGGCUACAGUCUCACUCAAGAUAAACAUUGUCAAGAGCAACAAUGUCAAGACAAUGCAGUUUGAUGAGACUAUGAUAGUCUAUGAUGCUUGUCGACUCAUACGCGAGCGUGUGCCGGAUGCUGCGUCAGGGCAACCUAACGAGUACGGCUUGUUCAAAUCGGACGAGGACCCUACUAAAGGUCGCUGGCUGGAGCAAGGUCGGACACUGGAGUACUACCAUCUCAAGUCUGGGGAUCUACUGGAAUAUCGAAAGAAGCAACGACCACUGCGUGUGCGUACGCUGGAUGGUUCCAUCAAGACCCUCCUAGUGGAUGAUAGUCAGACAGUGGCUGAGCUUACCCGGGUAGUGUGCGCCAGGAUAGGUCUCCAGAACCCUGAAGAGUUCUCCUUCACCAGCGAUGAGGAGACAUCAGAGCAGACGCUGCGUCGGGAAGGUCACAAGGCAAGGGAUCAGAAGAGACUGGACAAACUCAAGAUGAAACUACACACUGACGACGAAUUGAACUGGUUGAACCCUGACAAGUCUCUGAGGGAGCAAGGUAUAGAGGACACCAUCGUCCUCACACUCAGAAAGAAGUUCUUCUUUUCUGACCAAAAUGUCGACAGAAAUGAUCCCGUUCAACUCAACCUUCUCUACGUCCAGUCACGUGAUGCCAUCAUUGACGGGACACAUCCUUGUACGCGUGAAGAGGGUAUACAGUUCGCAGCCCUCCAAUGUCAGAUCCAGUAUGGCAAUCAUAACGAGGCCAAGCACAAACCAGGGUUCCUGAACCUUGUAGAGUUCUUACCAACAGAGUAUACGAAACUCAAGGGAAUUGAAAAGAACAUUUUCAGUGAUCACCGCAAGUUGCAUAACCUGAGUGAGAUCAAUGCUCGGUUCCGCUACAUCCAACUGUGCAGGUCACUGCGGACGUAUGGAGUCACCUUCUUCCUCGUCAAGGAGAAAAUGCGUGGGCGUAACAAGCUUGUACCACGGUUGCUAGGCAUCACUAGGGAGUCAAUCAUGCGUGUGGAUGAGAACACCAAGGAAGUGCUCAAGACCUGGCCCCUCACUACUGUCAGACGCUGGGCUGCAUCACCUAACUCAUUCACUCUGGAUUUUGGUGACUACUCGGAGUCCUUCUACUCAGUACAAACCACGGAGGGGGAGACCAUCUCUCAGCUCAUAGCCGGGUACAUCGAUAUCAUCAUGCAGAAGAAGAAGCCAAUCCAUGCAGACGUUCCUGACGAGGACGAUGAACCAGUGAUGGUGGAGGAGCUGAUUGCUGGGGGACAGGCUAAUGUGACCACCUUCACUCAGGGUGGUCAUGGUUACGGGGAGGAAGACAGUAUGGCUCUACAGGGAGUGCCACAACACCCGGACAUGGCCGGAGGAGACGGCAUGCACAUGGGAGGUCUACCACAGUAUGGCUCUAUGAUGGACAGUGCUGCCACAGUCCACCAUCCAGGGUCACAAGCCAUGAACCCUCAGGUACUGGAGGCACAGAGUGCUCUCAGUGCUAACAUUGGGAAUGGAUUGAUGGCCACUAACACAGCCACCGAGGAGCUCAUGUCACGCGCUGUGCUAGAACCACUGGGAUCUGACGCUGCCUCGCUCAAGUGGAAACAGACGACACUAGAUGUGUCCCGUCAGAACGUGAGCUCUGCCCUGGCGGCCAUGCUGGCCAGCUCUGCCUCCAUCAUCACACUCACUGGAGGGGACCCAACUAACACCAACUACACUGCCGUGGGAUCUGCCGUCACUACCAUCUCCACUAAUCUGACAGAGCUAGCGAAGGCUGCUCGAUUACUGGCUGCCCUCAAUCCUGAUGGCCCCACAGGAGAUGAGCUGUUGAGAGCUGCUCGUGCGUUGGCCGCGGCAACCGCUGCACUCUUGAACUCUGCACAACCAGAGAACAUGAAGGAUCGUCAACAACUUCUUCAAUCUGCCGGAGAUAUGGGAGCGACUGGUGGGCGUCUAUUAGAACUUGCCGGUGACGCUGAAGUUGACCCUCGAACCCAACAAGCCCUCGUGAGCAUGGCUAAGUCGGUUGCUAGUGCCACGGCUGCCCUAGUUACCAAUGCUCGCAAUGUUGCCGCCAAAUGUGAUGACCAAGCACUCCAGAACCAGGUCAUCCUGUCAGCUAAACAGACAGCUCUGGCCACACAAGGACUAAUAGCCUGUACCAAGGUACUAGCCCCAUGCAUUGAUAGCCCACUGUGUCAGGAGCAGCUUAUUGAGGCUUGUAAGAUGGUGGCUGCUGCCGUGGAGAAGAUCGUGAUGGCUGCUCAGGAGGCGUGUGGUGAUGAUGAUGCUCUGAGGGACCUCGGUGCUGCUGCCACAGCUGUCACUGAGGCACUCAAUAACCUCAUAGAGCAGAUCAGGGAGGGAGCGUACGCUGUCGAGGGAAGUGCCUAUGACGAUGCUGUUGAGGCAAUCCUCGUGGCAACUGAGAGACUGUUUGCCUCCAUGGGCAAUGCCAAGGAGAUGGUACAACAAGCCAUGGCUCUCUCCAAGGCCACGGCUGAUCUGGUCAGAGCCAUCAGACUAGAGGCUGAGAACGAGACAGACCCUGAUGCACGACGCAGACUACUAGACGCUGCUAAGAGCCUUGCCGACGCUACAGCUCGUAUGGUGGAGGCAGCAAAGGGUGCAGCAAGGAACCCAAAUGACCCCCGAACCCAAGAAGCCGUACGAAAAGCUGCUGAGAAUUUGCGUGCUCUUGUGAACUCUGUGGCCUCCAGUGCUCUUAAGAAGAAGGCAAUAAAGAAGCUGGAGAUAGCGGCCAAACAGACUGCAGCCGUGUGCACGCAGUGUAUAGCUGCCGCUCAAGGAGCUGGAGCGACCAAUCGGAAUGAAGCCUCACAGAUGCAACUCAUCAACCAUUGCAAGGCUGUGGCAGAGCAAGUGUCAUCACUAGUACAAGCUAUCCGCCUCUCAAUGAACAACCCUGACAGUCCAGCUGCUCAACUUGGCCUCAUCAACUCAUCCCAGGCCAUGAUACCACCUUCUGGAAAGAUGGUCGCCGCUGCUAAGGCUGCUGUUCCCACGGUAACAGAUCAAGCUGCUGCUCUACAGUUAGGAAACUUUGCCAAGGCUACUGGCGUUGCUCUCGCUGACCUCAGGGCUGCCUCCGCAAGGGCUGCUGAGGUAUGUGGGUCCCUGGAGAUAGAUAGUGCCAUAGAUACCGUCCGUGCGCUGGCCAAUGAGAUGGCAGAGGCUAAACGAGAGGCCCAUCAAGGGAAGCUGCUACCGUUGCCGGGGGAAACAGUGGAGAACUGUGCCCUGGAGUUAGGAGCCACCUCCAAGACUGUCGGGUCAUCCAUGGCUCAACUGCUCACUGCCGCUAACCAAGGUAAUGAGAACUACACUGGGAUAGCCUCCAGGGACACAGCUAAUGCCCUCAGGGUGUUGGCUCAUGCUGUGAGGGGUGUGGCUGCUGGCUCCAAGAACACACAGACACAGGAGUACAUCCUCUCCACCGCUCAACAGGUGAUGGACCAGAGUGUAGCGCUCAUAUCGGAGGCUAAGGCAGCCGUACAAGAUCCCAACGCCCCUAACAAGCAAGUGAGGCUCGCACAAGCAGCCAAAGCCGUGUCUCAAGCUCUCAAUCAAGUGGUCAACUGUCUGCCUGGGCAGAUCGAGUUUGAUCAUGCCAUCAAGGCAAUCGCUGAGGCAUCACGAAGACUGCAGAGUGGAAAGUUCCCAAGUGCCGGAAACGCUUCAUACCAAACACUGCAAAAUGAGCUCAGUUCAGCAGCUGCCUCUCUCAACGCUGCGGGUACAGAGGUCGUUGCCGCGGCGAGGGGUACACCUGAGCAGCAAGCAGUGGCCACUAAGAAGUUCUCUGAUCGCUUUGAAGAGCUGCUCACAGCUGGUCUGACACUGGCCGGUGCAUCCAAGGACAAGCAAUCCCGUAGCGACAUGCUGGGGUAUCUGCGCACAAUAUCCGUGUCUUCAUCUAAGCUGCUACUAGCUGCUAAGGCUAUCUCUGCUGAUCCCAAUGCUCCCAAUGUCAUGAACCAGCUGGCAGCGGCCGCACGCUCAGUGACUGAUGCCAUCAACUCUCUGCUCAACUUGUGCUCUAGCUCUGGUCCAGGACAGAAAGAGUGUGACAAUGCUCUCAGGAAUAUUGAGGCUGCCGCCCCCGUACUUGACAACCCUAACGAGCCUGUCAAUGACCUCUCAUACUUUGACUGUCUUGACCUCGUGCUAGAGAAGUCCAAGAUAAUCGGGGAAGCCGGAGCACUGCUCACCACACACGCCAAGAAGGGAGCUCACGAAGAGUUUGGGUUUGCUGUUGAGAACACCGCAGCUGCCGUCUGCAAAAUAACAGAGGCGAGUGCACAAGCUGCAUAUCUAGUGGGUAUUGCUGACUCAUCAAGUAUGGCUGCCACUCCUGGACUAGUUGACCAAUCACAGUUUGCCAGAGCAUCACAAGCAAUCUCCACUGCCUGUCAGAGCCUCGUCAACCCAGCGUCGUCACAGCAACAGGUGUUGGCUGCUGCCACGGUGAUUGCUAAACACACCAGUGUUCUGUGCAAUGCUUGUAAGCAAGCUAGUAGCAAGACCUCCAACCCUGUGGCAAAGAAACACUUUGUCCAAGCAGCCAAAGAAGUGGCCAACAGCACUGCCAACCUCGUCAAGAACAUUAAGGCUCUCGCUGGAGAACUGAACGACACUAAUCGUCGUGCGUGUGCUGAGAACACCCGCCCACUCGUGGAGGCGGUGGAGAGCCUCACAACAUUCGCGUCUAGUCCACAGUUUGCAUCCACCCCCGCCAAGAUAUCCGCUCAAGCACGUCUGGCACAAGAACCCAUCCUCAUGGCUGGUAAGAAUGUAAACAAGUCUAGCACUAGUCUGCUGUCCUCUGCUAAGAGCCUGGCCCUCAACCCCAAUGACCCUCCCAUGUGGCAGCUACUUGCCUCUCAUACCAAGGCAGUGGCCGAUGCCAUGAAGGGACUCAUCCAAGCCAUCAGGGAGAAAUGCCCAGGUCAGAACGAGUGUGAUGAUGCCAUCGAUCAGUUGAACAGGACCAUCAACCAGAUCGACCAAGCAGUGCUGUCUGCCAUGAGUCAGCAGCUGCAACCUCACGUCUCCUCCAGUCUGCAGGGCUUUCAAGAGCAAAUGUUGGAGACCUCCUCUAACGUUGGCGACACCAUCAAGCCCCUAGCAACGGCUGCUAAGGGCGAGGCUGAGAAGCUCGGUCAUCAAGUGACGGCCAUGGCUAACCUGUUCCCGUCACUUGCGGGGGCGGCAGUGGGUGCGGCUUCACGCACCUCCUCCUCACAGAUGCAAACCAAACUACUCGAGCAGACAAAAACACUCACUGAGAGUGCUGUUGAGCUGAUGUACGCUGCCAAGGAUGCAGGGGGAAACCCCAAGAACACAACAGCUCACGGCAAGGUCGAUGAAAAGGCAUCGUUCAUGCAGAAAGCAGUCAAUGAGCUGACAUACACACUGGAGCAAGCCGGAGGAGAGGCAGGGCUUAUUACAGGCAUGGUUGAUGAGAUAGACAAGGCUAUGGGCAGACUAGACAUUCCACUGGAAGGGGAGGUGCUCCAGUCCUACACUGACUACCAGAGUGAGACCUUCAAGAAGUGCAAGGAAGUAGUGAAGCAUGCCCAAGAACUAGUGCUCAAGUCAUCAUCAAGCCCUAAUGACAUGGCCUCCAACAGUCGUCUCCUCACUGACUCGUACACUCAGUUGGUGGAUGAUACUCGUGGUGCUCUAGCAACCGUUGACAGUGCUGACCUCACCUCCACACUGCACACAUCUGCACUGAACCUCGGUACUGCCAGUAAGGACAUGGUGUACUGUGCCGCUAAUGUGCAAGGUAACCCAGAGGACCAGCCCUCCAAGAGAGCUCUCUCUGAUGCUGCCAAGGUCGUCACUGAGAAGGUGUCGGGAGUGAUUGCUGCGCUACAAGCCGGUGCAGUGGGCACUCAAGCAUGCAAUGAAGCCAUCACGUCCAUCACGUCCAUCGUGGGAGACCUGGAGACCACGGCCAUGUUCUGUACAGCAGGUGCUCUCAACCCAGAGGAUUCCACAUCAAGGUUCCCAGAGCAUCGUGUUGCUGUCCUAGAGACGGCCAAGGUUCUGGUGGAGAACACCAAGAGACUCGUCAGCAGUGCUGGUGGUACCCAGGAGCAGCUAGCAGAGGCUGCUCGUAGUGCUGUCAAGACCAUCUCACUGGAAGCUGAACAUGUCAAGCUAGCCGCUGCUGACCUCGGCUCUGAGGACAUGGAGGCACAGCUGCUGUUGCUGACUGCUGUCAAGGACGUAGCUAAUGCUCUGGGCAAUCUGAUUGGUGCAACUCGUUCUGCUUCUGGCAAGAGUCACACUGACCCUGCCAUGGAGGGACUCAAGACCUCCGCUAAGAUGAUGGUGAGUAAGGUAUCCUCUCUCCUCAAGACAGUCAAGAAUGUUGAGGAGGAGUCGGGUCGUGUGGUGCGCUCCCUGGAGAACACCAUAGAGGCCAUUGAGACCAACCUCACAGAGUUCAUGUCCCCCAACAAACCAACAGUGACUGCUGGACCAGAGGACCUCAUCAGGUCCACCAAGGGUAUCACGUUUGCUUCUGCUAAAGCCGUGUCCGCUGGCAACUCCCUCAAACAAGAGAACAUCUCAGCCUGUGCUAACAUUGGUAACAAGUCAGUCGCUGAUCUACUCACGAUGUGCAAGGCUACUGCCUUUGCAGCUGACGAUGAUGAUAAGUCAAAACUAAUGGGAGCUGGUCGUGACUGUGUGUUAGCAUUCAAAGCUCUACUGGAGUUGGUCAAGCAGAUAGCCAUAGCCCCUACUGCUGCCAACAAGGCCAAACUAGCAACCUACUCUAAAGAAGUGGCCAAUGCCGUGGGAGAGUUGGUACAUGGAGCAGAGAAACUCAAGAGUGACUGGGUCGACCAAUCAGAUCCCAACGUGAUUGCUGAGACUGAGUUGUUGCAAGCUGCUGCCUCUAUCGAAGAAGCUGCUAGAAAACUAGCGGAACUAAAGCCAAGAGAAAGAGUGCACGCUGACGAGAGCCUCAACUUCGAGGAGCAGAUCCUGAAAGCUGCUAAGAACAUCGCCAAGGCAACGUCUUCCCUAGUGAGGAAUGCCAGUGCUGCACAGAGGGAGCUGGUGGCACAGGGCAGGCUGAGCUGUGAACCAAAGUCAGAGGACAGUCAGUGGUCAGAGGGUCUAGUCUCCGCUGCUAAGCUGGUAGCUGCUGCCACUAGCAAUUUGUGUGAGUCUGCCAACAUGAUGGUCCAGGGUGAGGCGGAGGAGGAUAAACUGAUUGUGGCUGCCAAAGCUGUGGCUGCCUCAACCGCACAGCUACUCAUUGCGUGUCAAGUCAAGGCUGAUGCUCGCUCUGAGAAUAACAAGAGACUCCAGAUGGCUGGAGCAGCUGUCAAGAAAGCCACGGAGGCGUUGGUCAACUCAGCCCAACAAGCAUCCGCCAGAUCCACCGAGGCAGCCGUCAUGGCCAGUGGCGGACCUCAGCUCAAGGGCAAGGUGAUGAACAAGUUCAGACAGGAGCUAGAGCUGAAGGAGGAGAUGGCUAAGAAGCAGCGUGAACUGGAGAAGGUCAUGGAGCAGCUCUACGCCAUUCGCCGUGGCAAGUAAAGACUUGACCAGAACAAUACCAUUUGAUUAUUAUAAUAAUAAAAAUAUUAGAGUAGAUGAUUUGACUAUUGCAGUGUUACAUUAUACAGAGCUAUAGUUGUGAAGCACGCAGUUAGUGUGUGCUCUCAUGAGUUGAUGUAGUCUAGCAGCCGUGUAAUUUUGUAAAAUGAAUAUUGUUAAUUAAAUAA